AUGAGCACGGUCGUUGUGGAUGAUCUGCGCCACGAGAUGGACGAGAAUGUCGUCGCCGCCUCUGCGACGGCCAAGCGCAAGCCGAGUGGGGGAGGGGGACCCAAGCCUGGAGAUGUCAAGGCCAGCUUCCUCAUUCGAACGCUGCCCAGGGACUGCAACCCGACGCCGAUUCCUACGUGCGGGAUGGGUCGAAGCUCUUCAGGGCUGCUCUCUCCUUUGAUGAACAAACGACAGGAGGCGGAGCUGGAGAUUCUGCAGCUAGACAACCCGUUCGACGACAUCACGGAAGAAAAGUUGAGCUCGCUCAGCAGCUUCCGGGAUCUGGGCACGUCUCUCCGAUCACUGCGCAUUCUUUGGGCAAUGCACUGCCAAAUCUCCGACCUGGACGGCAUCGGGGCGCUGCUGAAUUUACAGGAGCUGUACCUGCAGCACAACAACGUGAGCGACAUCAGCCCUUUGGCGAUGCACGAAGAACUCCGCAUUAUUGAUCUCGAAGGGAACCGCGUGGCCGAUAUCGGACAGACUGAGCAGCUAGCUUUUUGUCCACAGUUGACGACGCUGAACUUGACUGGAAACCCAGUUGAAAGCGUCGAGCGCUACAGACAAAUCGUAGCGAACUUUGUACCGCAGCUCGUGUCGUUGGAUGAUCGAGCUUUCUCCGAUAGUGAACGUGUCAAGCUGUCGGAUUCGGAGAUUGACGCCGCCAUCGUCAAACACCAUCAGCAGCAAGUAGAGCUCUCGAGUUGCGAGUCUACCACUAAUUUACGAGUGAACGACAUCAGCAGUCCUCGCCAGCUUUCGUAUUCCUCGAGUACUGCAAGUCUGAACGGACUGCCAAUUGAUUCCCCGCACAACGAAGACUCGGGUAGCCGCCUCACGCACGGAACCGACAUUGUAUUCGCUGGAAAUGUGUCGAGCGCGUUGCGCAGACAUCGAUACGAAGCUGAAACCGGGUCGAAGCUCGACCUCCACAACUCUUCUGGGACCAGUUCCGAAGGAUCCAUUACUGCAGCUGACUCGCGUCCAUCUUCAGCUCACGGACUGCCUGAGCGUCCAAAGACACCUGCACGGCGUAUUUCCAUCACGGACACCCUGGAUCGGGCUAAAGAACUCGAUACCCACAAGCACAAGUCGCGCGACGCCAUCCUCGACGAACUCAAGUCGUGGCAACUUGACAGUGUUGGUACUUCUCAGAUCGGCGUUCCUGGCGAUAAUGGCGAAGCGCUCUACCUGGAGACGGAUAGCUCACCAAGUCGAAGCAGAUCUCGGAGAAAAGGAAGCAUUGGUAUAACUGGGAGUGACGCCACCGCUGCCGCUAGAGCACGACUGGAGCGCCGACCUAACACCUCCGCUGGAGUGCUGCGUAAUGGUGCCAAUGUACGAGAAGCUUUCGUCGAGAUGUCAACGAGCAGGAACAACUGUCCACGACCGAGCUCUAGAGGAGGGUCUUCGAGACAGCGUGGCUCGACUUCGGGCAGUUCGGGAGUGGACAUCCUGAUUUUAAAUGGCGGUGACGAUGCUAAGCGCGCUUGCUCCCCAACCAAGACGCCUAGGGGAAUUUACACAACCGCGUCCAGCUGCACGAAAGCUUUGGGCCACCACCACGACUGGAAUUUGGAGGUUCUUUCACCGAAAGUGGACAUCACCACGGCAAAACGUCACCUGCCAUCUUCACUGAGCAGCAAACAGCUACUGGAGCGCUCUCAAAAGCGAGCAGGGUCUGGAAAAACCGCGGACGAUGACGACUCAAGCGAUAGUGACGCCGACGAUGAAUCAAGCGUGUGUCCAGCUGUGUCCACAGAGUUUAGCAGCCCAACGCCGGUACCCAAGACAGCGUUCUUCAAUGUGGCUGCGAGUUUGAACGCGAUUGAGAAGUGGAGGGACGAAAUGGAGUACGACGCAGAGGACACCGCCAUCUUGAGUAUCGCCAGUCUCCAGCAGAGUUGUCUUUCACCGCGUACUGCCGCUGGGCCUGUUCAAGAGGCAACCAAUAGCACCAGCGUCUCCGAUGGCAGUAACAGCGGCAGUAUCCCUAGUGGCAACCAACAGCAGUCCCCUACACGCCAGCAACAACAAGAGUCAAAGCUGGUGCUUGGCCCAGGGAACACCGAAAGUGACAGUCAGAACGUCAAGCUGCUGAAAGAAAAACACGGACAGCUCAAAACUCGCGAUGGCUUCCGAUCUUACUUUCGCGGUAUCGAAGAGGAGCGCCUGGAGGGUAUUCUACGUCAAGCAUUUGCAGACAACGACAGAGUGCAGCGUCGAAUGCAGCUCAUGAGUGGGUUCUUCCGCCACGAACUACAGUGA